AAAAAAUAUAAAAUCUUGUUUUUAUAAUAUUAACUUUUAGUGAAUGAAUAUGAUGGAAUAUAUGUAAUUUUUUUUACAUUUGGAAAAUGAAAAGACAAGGAACCGGAACUGAUCUUUCCGGGAAACAAAGUCCAGGAAAGAUAAAGCUGGGAACAAGGGUGGUACGUGGACCUAACUGGAAUCACAAAUGUGAAGACAAUGGAGAAGGAUUCGUAGGAACAAUCGUUGGUCUAAGUGAUUCUGACAGGUGUAUCCUGGUGAUUUGGGACACUGGAAGGAGUGGUAGAUACAGAGGUGGUCCAAAUCAGUAUGAUCUUAGAGUAUUUGAUAAUGCUCCAACAGAUGUUAUUCAUAUCAAAACCGUGUGUUUUUCGUGCAGAGAAUCCCAUAUCUAUGGAAUAAAAUGGACAUGUAUAAAAUGUAAUGUCCAUCUAUGUACUCAAUGUUAUAUGGAUGAUAAACAUGACGUUGCACAUAUUUUUGAAAGAACCAACACUUCAAAAUCAGCACGAAUGAAGGUUACAGCAAGAAAAAACGCAAGGAAAAAGAUUAUUUCAAAAGGCAUUUUCGUCGGAGCAGAAGUUGUUGCUGGUCCCUAUUUGACGAACGGGAAUAAAGAUGAAAAUUAUGAAAUGGGAUAUGUGGAGGAAAUUACAAACUGGGAAAAUAAAUAUCAUCGAGGAAUUAUUAAAGUUUUCUGGAAAGAUACCGAAAUAGAAACAUUGCAUCGUUUGGGUGCGGAAGGAUGUGUAGAUAUUAUUUGCAGCAGACUUACGGAAACUGCAACAGGCGGGACUUACUAUGCAGACCAUCUCCCAGUGAUAGAUUUUGAUGCUGUAUCUAGAAAUAUUGAAGUGUUUGGGUUUCCAAGUGCAGAUGAUAUUGCAUAUAUUUUGGACUUUGCCAAAUGGGGUCAUGUGACAUAUCAAAAUAAACGUCUUAAUAAGCUCUAA